CAGUCCUCGUUUGGGUCUAGAGAAAAACAGUCAUGGAUAAAUUCAUACUUCCCCCAGGUUCCCGCCACUUGUCGGUAUCGUGGACCUACGAUUUUUCAAAGAUAGACAUCAGUCCUAAAAUACCCCAGGCAGUGGCAGACUCCCUAAAGAAGUUGGGACCAACUAAAGUUACAAUUCCUUACUACACUCCGAAGAACAUGCGCCAGAUGACGCCCACCGACGAAAUCGCAAUCCCCCGGAUGCGGCGGAGAUUUAAAAGCUUCCUCACCCAAUCCUUCGGCGGCGUCGUGUCACAAGAAGAAAUUUCCAAAGUGGCCGAAUACGGGGUUGAUUUCACCUACUGGUACUAUCCCACGGGACCCAUCGACUCGCCGCAAUACUUCGCCGUGACCAAGAUGUGUGGCAUCCUGUUCAUUCUGGACGACCUGUUUGACGUCAAGGAUGCCAAUGCGGAGGAAGGGCACCAUAAAAGCGGCCAUGCCUCCGUGAUGCGGCUCCUUUUGGACAAAUGGCACAAAUCCAACGGUGAGACGGACACCCCGGAAAUAUCGGUAGAGUUGGAACAAUCCUUGAAAGAAGUGCCCUUGCUGGCCUGCAUCUGUGUCGCGCUAAGGGACACUUUAAAAUCCCUGGAUCGCCUCGGAGGGCGGGAGCCAGCUCGAAAAAUGUAUGAAUACUACAUGUUCCGAGCAUACUUUGCCGAAUCUCUGCGCCACAGCCGGGUCUACUCGGUUAAUCCCGAUGCGGCCCGGUUCUUCACGGGGGAACAGUUAGCGAUGACGGCGGUGAUUGGCCUGUUCGCCUGGGGGGAUGGGAUCCGUCUCUCGGAAAAGUUUAAAAUGCACCCACUCUUCGUCCGGUAUCAAGACAUGGCCAAGAUGGUGGGGGUCAUGCAGAACGAUAUGGUCGGGCUGGAGAGAGACUUGGUGAAUGGCGAGAUAAACCAUGUCAUUACGCAGAUGACGGCGGGAAAAACGUUGGACGAGGUGUUGGCGAGGGAGAUAAAACUACACGAGCAAGACGUGGAGGAACACUUGGUCUUGCGGGAAGAGAUUAUGGCACAAUUUAAGGACGACGAAGAGGUCGUAAAAUAUUUGGAAAUAACCGACGCCACCCUGUACGGUCAACUUAAAAUGAUGGAUAAAUGCACCAGGAACAGCAUGAUGGGGAGAUUGGACUUUGUAGUGGGAGAGGAAUAGCGAAUCCGGGUGGCAUAAAUGUGACGCAAUUUACAAUGAAAAAUUUUUCAAUGCGAAAAACCCCUAAAUCUCCAUUAGUUACAAGAUUUUGGAUUGAGAUUUUUAUAAUUAAUAUCAAAACUGAUGAAUAAAUUCG